AAAAAAUAAUUGAAGCCGCAGAAGUUCGUGAGGAAAUCUCAAACGUAAACAUAGAAGAAUCUCCUACCACCCAUGAUCAAACGCUAAAAUCGAAUAAGCAUACAUUAGACUCUGUCAAAGAAGAUACUACGAAGAACAGCGAAUCUCAAGCGGCUCCCAGUGAAACGGAUAAAAAUCCUACUGUCAAAAUGGCACCGAAAAAAAAGAUAACGGCCAAGCGUGCCAAUAAGACAGACGCCAAUCAAAAAAGCAAAAAAGCGCCUACUCAAAAAUCAAAUGAUGAUGAGUCUAAAGCACAGAAACAAAGUGGCAAUUCUAGAAAUGAUGCCAUAGUUGGGACACCGUUAAAGAAGAGACUACUUAAGGCCAAACCUGUAAAGAAAUCUACUGAGGAGGUCUUGGAUGAAAACGCCGGAACCAGCAUGCCAACAGAAGAGAAGUCAGAACCACAAGGUUGUAAGGCUGUAGAACCCCCUGAUCCACCGGACAAAGAGAGCGGAGAAAUAAAGGCUGAAAAAACUCCUAAAAAGACGCCAUCGCCGAAAAAAAUAAAGACGAAUCCAAAGAAUCCAGACAAGUGCAAUAUACAGGAACCUGAGAAGACAGUUGUAGAACCUUUAGAGCUAAUAGAGAAAGAAGAAACAUUAAGAAUAGUAUUAGAUGCUAAUACAGAGGUAGUGCAAAUGGAUAUAGAAGAAAUGCCGGUUUGUGCAAGCGCUCCCAAAGAAGUGGAGCACAAAAAGGAGGAACUAGAUGUUAAGCCGCAAGAAGCUGACGCACAGAUUGUGAAGCAGGAACCACUGAAACAGGAAGAAAUCUCUGAAAAAGCGGGGAGCUCUGCCCCGUGCUCACCACAUAUUGGAAAGAAGCAAAUGUCAAAUAUUAAGCACAGAUUACAAAGCAAGUACAAAGUGCCGCCAGUGAAGUCUAGCCCCACUGCCAAGAUGGCGGGUAAGAAAUCGAAAUUUGCGCAAAAGUUGACAGUUGAUAAAUCAAACAGAUCUGCUGCCAAUGAUAUCUAUGACUUUCGUUCCGGUUCUGAAGAGGAGGAUAACAUUAAAAUGGAUCUUCCUACAUUGAAAAAUCUACGCGAAUUCGCAGAUGAGGAACACAAAACCAAAUCCACUAAAGACAGUCUCAAGAGCAAAGAAACCUCAUUGGAUAUUGAUGAAAAGGAAACAAAAGUCGAGGACGCACUAAAAGAAGAACAGUUGCCAGAACCAGUGCCGGAAGAAAUUAAAAAGUCAAUGGAAAAUUCUCAAACUGAAGAAAAAGCAAAAGAGGACACAGAUGAAAAAAUAGCUGACGCGUCACAUAAAGCUGAAGAUGAUUCUAGAGCUGUUGCUCAAACUACACCUAAAACGAAAAAGGUAGUCAAGUCUAAGAUAACAAAGAAAGUUUACAAGAAGAAACCCUUGAUAACAAAGAAAAUUAUAAAAACAGUUAAGGGAAAAAUGUUACAAAAGACGGAAAAAACAAAAGUGAAGAGCAGUAAAGUACAAAAAGAUUCCUCCUCGGCAAGCAGUGACUCGGAAGAUGAAAAGAAACUAAUCGACUUUGGUCCUAAACGUCAUCGCAUGGCCUCACUAAAUGCCUUAGCCAAGGUACAGUGCCUCUAUGAGAACGAAUCACGCACGGCAUAUGAGCUGGGUCUGUCAAAAGCAACACAACUUCCACCCAAGAUCCGCACUGUGGAUGGAAGUGAAGAUGAGAAGGACAAAGAGAAGGAUAAGGAUAAGGAAAAAGAGACGGAUGAUAAAAGCAAAACAAAGAAGGAUAAAAAGAGCGAGGAAAGUAGCAAAGCCGAUGAGCCACAGAAAGCUGAAUCAGAAGAUGAACCACAAGAGGUGGAACCAAAACGAGAAUUGCGUCAUGUACCAGGCGGCCGCGGACUCGGUAAGCAUUGGGAAUUCGAGGAAAGUGGUGACACUGAAGAUGAGGAGAUAGACAAAAUGAAACUUAAACGCAAGAAAUUACAGAAAAAGUUGGCGAACAAGAAGGAAAAGGAAGCUGAGAAAUUGAGAGAGAAGGAAAGAAAAGAAGAAGAGGCCUCGAGUAGCAAGAUUUCCAAAGCCAGGGAAGACAAAGACAAAGAAAAAGAGAAUCCCAAGGAAAAGGAUACUAUCAGAGUAAAGCGCAAGUAUACAAAAAUUAAGAAGCCACUGAAGAAGAUAGUAAAAUUGAAGACCGAUACUUCUGAUGGUGGGGAAAACACCGAAGUAAGUGAUAACGAAGACAAAGCCCAGGAUAAAGAUAAAUCAAAGGUGCAAAAAACAACUACAAAACUAGAAGCUCGAAAACCGCCAAAGAAACGCAAGCGCAUGUUACGCGAGGAAUUAAUUGGCGACUACAAGGGCAUAUUGGCGCGCAAACGCAUGGCGAGUUUGAAUGCCAGUGCCAUAGUUGCGGCCACUUACGAGGUGGAACGUCAUCUUGAUAAAAAUCUCGCCUAUGGCAGCUACGAUAGUACCGAUGGGGAGGAGAAAACUUCCACGCCAGCAAAAAAAUCCAAGGAUGUGGCAAAGGACUCCAAGAAAGCGCCCACAGCCACAGUAACAUCCGACGAGACUUUGAAUACAAAAGAUACGGGAGAAGUCACUGCCAAUAUUACGGCUACAGCCAAUAGCUCGAAUGCGUCUAAUGCCAGCGGUACUGCCAGAGAGUCGAGGCCGUUGAAUUUGAAUGAAGAGAGCAACGACUCAAAAUAUUCAAAAGAAACCAAAGAGACAAAUACAGAUACAACUACCACAGCCGGUUUUCGCGAUUCGGGCAGCACAAAGGACGCUAAAGACUCCAGUCGACCGACCUCAUCCAGCGUCGUUAUCGUACAGGAUACCGACGUCACUAUCACGGGUGUGUAUGUAAACUCCACAACGGGUUCAAGUCAAGAGGCAUACUGUAAAAUGCAAUAUCGUGUGCAAUCGAGUGUCACCGAGGAGCGAGUGUUGCGUCCUAGUUCAGUAGAUCCACCCAAAUCUUACACGCCGUUGAGCGCGCUCUCUAGCAUGUUGCCGCCAGGUGCUUCAACAGGUGGCGCAAUGAGUGACGCGCAAGUGUCACCGCCACCACCACCUCCGCCCACUGCGGUCGGCAACACCCUACCUGAAGCACUCAGUGGAGCUGGCAUGUAUCACGCCAGCGAUUUGGGCCUACAUCCUGAGCAUGGUGCGCCUGAACAUGGUCCGCCACCGCCCUCUUAUGCAGCCGCCGCCGCUGCUGCAGCUGCUGCUUAUCAUGCACAUCACAUGUCGCCAGCUGCAGCCGCCGCCGCUGCGGCCGGCAUGCAUGUACAUCAUCAGCAUCAAUAUGCACAUGCUCACGCGCAUCAAUAUCCACAAGUAGGCGGUGAACAUGGCAUGCAUGCUGGGCCCCCAACGACAGCUGGUGGUCCGCCACCACCGCCACCACAUCUCUAUCAACCACCGCCACCGUCACAUUACGGACCGCCGCCACCACCACCGCCCACAUCGAGUGUGGUUGGACCGGUGCGCUGUGAUGUGGUCUCGCCACCACCAACUUAUCGCUCCAGCGUCUACGCGCCACCAACUGGGCCGCCACAUCAACAAACAGCGCCCAGUGGCCUGCUGCCACCGCCACAUUCCACGCUCUCCAUGACAGCGGGCAGCGGUGCGAGCGCCUUCUGCGCGCCCAACAUUCAUCAUCAUCAAGCACAACAUCAGCACCAGCACCAGCAGCAGCAGCAACAACAAUCAGCAGGACCGCAACAGGACGCAAGUGGCUAUUACCAACCUGCCGGGCCAUUGAUCUCACCACACGUCCUACCAACUGUAGCCGCUGCACCACCGCCGCCUCCUAAUGUGCCACUUCUGCCGACAGGUGUCACCUCUGCUUCCGCUUCUGCUAUCAAGAAAUCUCAACAAAUACCCGCGCCGCUUAGCUCUGAUCCGGAGCUUGCUGCCGGCCAACAACCUCCACCAUCGGCUACAGCCGCAGAUAGCGCAGACAGUGAUGUGCUUAUUACCGGUGGCGAUUUGACACCGUUCCGCUAUCCGCCGGUCGCACAUAGCGGCGCGCCCACCACACAGCACCAGCAGGUGCAGCAGCAACAGCAUCAACAGCAGCUUCAUCAACAAGCUGCCGCCGCUGCUGCCGCAGCUGCUGCUGCUGCGGCCGCCGCCGCUCAUCAGAGCUCACCAUAUCCACGUUCCAUGCAUGCGCAGAUGCACUACUCGACUGCGUAUCCGGCCAACUAUUGUACACCAUAUCCGGUGGAAGCGGUGUGCUACUCACCGCCCGCCUAUCAACCCUACUUUUCGACCAAAGUCUAUCAGAGCGCAGGUCCGCCACCACCUUCGACAUAUCGACGCUAUCCAUACUAUCAGCCAGGUCAUCCGCCUCCGCCGGCCGAACUGUACGAACAGGGACCGCCACCACCACCACCGACAGCGACAAGUGGUGCAGCACAACCCAGUGGACCGCCACCACCAACCUCCAUUCAGGGACCACCACCACCAGCACCGCCCCCCGGAACACAGCUUGUGCCGGCUGGACCGGCAGCACACGCACAGCAUCUCGAACACUAUCCAGGUCCGCCGGCUUAUUAUACCGGCUAUAGUCCGGGCGGUGGCGCUGCAGGGCAGUGCUAUACGCGCAGCAUACAGGGACCGUAUAUGGAAUAUCCACCACAGUGUCCGUGUCCAAUGCAACAAUCGUGUCCAAAAAACGUCCAUACUGGGCCUCAUAUUGGUAGCAACAACGGCAGCAACAACAGCAACAGCAGCAGCAGCUGCAGCACGAACAACAGCAGCAACAGCAAUUGCUCAACAAUGAAUCAUUUGAGCAACAACAACAAUACGUUGAUGAAUGGCAGCAACAGCAGCAGGGAAACCAACAACAGCAACAACAACAGUUCGAAUAUGACGAACCACAACAGCCAGAAUAACAGGAGCAGCAGCAACAACAACAGCAGCAGCUCGAUCAACAAUUCAUUGACUACCAGUAGAGGCCCAGGUAAAAAAUCGACGACGACGACAACACUAACCACAACAGCGACACACGCCACCGUACCAGUAACAGCAACAGCAACAGCCAUGGCUUUAGCGUCAGCAACACCAACAGAAAUCGAUGAUCUGUUACUGUUCGGCAAGCAACAUACGCAACAGCAUUUGGAUCUAUUGCAAGUGGUUAAGUCCGAGCUGAAGUUAGAGGAUUCGGACAAUAAAAGCCAGUACGAGGAGAGCGUAGUACAGCCUCCGACACCGCCUGAAAGCUAUACGACCAACGACGAAAAACUCUUAGAUACACUAACAGAGCAGGAACUGUCCUCGGCGUCAUUGCCGACGGCACUUGAAGAGGCUAAUGCAAAGCUGCUCUUACGCAGCGAUCAAAAUGACAGCAAAGUGGCAGUGCCGGUGGAGAGUCGACAACAGGCAAUGCCGCAAUACGCGGGCAAUAACUGUAACAAUGCACCGCCUGUGCUCGAAGCCUACGACUUAACAUCAGUUACGGAGACACCUCCACCCUCCGCAGCAAAUUCAACUGUGGCUACCAAUAGCAGCACCACCAACUCCACCACAACCGCCACCAAUUGUGCCGCAUUUCCGAUCUUGGGCCGGAAAGCGCGUAUUGGAAAGACGAUGGCGCGGGAGAUGGUUUACGCAGGCGCCGCUGCAAACGUGACCGCGCAGGCGCAAAGCAGUUUACAAACGCAUUCGACACCAAUGAUACAUGUGCGCACGUUGCCGCAGCAACCGCAUGCAAUUGUGCAACCACAACCGCAACUGCAACAACCACCACCGCAAACCCAGCCGCAUCAACAAACGCAAACACAAUUUGUGAACCUUCAACCGGACCAGCUGUUGACAGCUAUAACACCAAGUCCUUCACCACAAGUGCCAGCCACAUUAAGCGAGUCCUUUCCAGCCGCCGAGACUGCGCAGACGCCUUUUAUAUUGAAGACAGAAAUCAAGGCAGAAAAGAUUAAGCUGGAAGACGAUGAGCCGUUGUUAAACGCUGUGUUGCAAAUGCAACAACAACAAGAGUCUAAUCACAAUCAUGACAAAGACAAUGAGAAAGCUGAAUUUAAGCUUAUCAAGGCUGAGCCACUGACAUUGACCUGUGAAGAUGUAUCGACCGAAGUGUCUGAUGUUACGGACACGCCGACAUUGAAACCGUUAGGUCGCAUGCGUCUUUUACCUAGCUGGCAGCAGCCACCAGUAAUUCAGUGUGACAUUGACCUCUCCACGACCUCAGAUGAUGAUGUGCUCGAUCUUUGCCACAGUCCGGCAUUAUCUUCUUCGGGUAGCUGCCAAAAGUCACGCCUCAAGAUACUUAACCUUCCCAAGGCACAACUGCAGUGUAAGAAAUCUUCACCCAACGGAUACAAAAGUCUCAUUAAGCAAGCCGAGCCACGCACAUAUUUGUGCCUGAGCGGACGAAAACUGGAUAAACGUGGGCGUUACAGUAAACUUCAGUUACGGCAAUCCAAAGUAGGUGGCGUCAAUGCGACAAUACGCCGGCGUCAGCUGGUGCUGACUGAUAAGCAAAAGAAGCAACUGAAGCUGCGCAAGAAAAAGUUACAAGCGCUGGAACGCCGCAAGCAGGAGAUCUUAGAAAAGCGCCGCGCGGCUGCCAAACAGGAACGGUUGCAGCGCAGGAAGCAGCAAAAGAAGUCAAUCGCCCUCAAUGACAUAAAACAAGAAGAUAUAGAGCCAUGCGCGGAUGAGAUCGUCGAUUUGGUAGAAGAACCCGAGCAGACGGAAAGCGAAUUCAGUGAAACCACGCAAACAGAUGUGCCAACAAUGCGCAUGCUGCUGACCGAGAGCAGUAGCAAUAGCAACAGCAGCAGCAGCCUGAGUACGCUACGGAUCACGCCGAAACCUUCACCAAAGCGCGGCAAGACACAGCGUAAAACUUGUAUACCGUUGCACUUAAUCGAAACCAUCGACUCGGUGGCACGCGGAUAUUUCUCAGAACCCGAAACGUCACGUUGCAAUGGCACUCUAAAUCAGUGCACCAACUGCGAUGCUGCUGACGUUACUGAGCCUGCCUCGGAUAAGGCAGCAUCUGAACGUAAACAAAAGAAAGACAAAAAGGCGAGCGCGGAGAAGCGCUCCAAAUCGGAGACGAAGAAACCUAUUAAAACUGCAUCAGCAACACCGCACACAGCUGUGCCUGAGGCUAUUGAUGUAAACUACACACUUAYGACGGCGACAGCGCGUGCCGCACAAACUACCUCAAUAACCGAACCUGCGUUGGAUUCGCGCAAUGUAGAGCCUAACAUAGCCUUGAAUUUGACACAGGUCACAGAAGAGGCGUACGCCGAACCAACGGCAACGUCGCUUGAAGAGAUCGUUAGCAGCAACAACAGCACAAAUAAAAUGUCGAGCAAGUCAAAGCGUACGCCGGCUAAACGGAAACCUGCAAAAGCAAAGAAGUCGAAAAAGUCAAAGUCAAAUAAGAAGAAACUUAAACAGCCAGACUGCGACUACAACACAUAUGCUUUGGAAACGUCUGAGGAGGUGCCGCUGCAGACCACAGAGCAACUGGCAUUGGAGACCAACAACAACAUAUAUGACAAAUGCAACGCGGAAGGCAGCGCAGCGCAGGAGGUCGAAGAUAGACCAGCACAAAUGGAAGCUGAAGAGCUGGAUGAGACGCCGACGCUACCAGAAGUCGUGCAAGAACAGCAGUAUGCGCAGCCACUCGAUAAACAUUCCAAUGCACAAGUGUUCCUGCCGCCCGUACCGCCAAUGCCGCGCAUUGUUUGCCAGCCGCAUCACGGUACUAAACGCACGCGUUCGCGCUCGAAAUUCGGCAGCCGCAAGCGACAGAAGGUGAAACAUUCCACGGUCUCCUUCGAAUUAGACGACCGCCUACCGCCAGCCACGCGCGGCGAUGUCGUGCCGAAAUGGAAUAACGGUUGGACGUGGGAGGGUGAGCCAUUCCAGGGCGCGGUAUUUUUGAAUAGCGACGACCCGCUAGUCAUACGCACCUGUUAUCCCGCCAUGCGUCACUCAGAGGGCGACAUAAUACGCACACGCGACUGUGUGCUGCUCAAAGCGAAUGAGGAUAAUGAUUUGCCAUAUGUGGCAAAGGUGGCGCACCUCUGGGAGAAUCCCGAAGAUGGUGAAAUGAUGAUGUCUUUGCUGUGGUACUACCGACCCGAACACACCGAGCAGGGACGCCAGCCUAACGAUAGUCCCGACGAGGUGUACGCCUCCAGACACCGCGAUCACAACUCUGUUGCCUGCAUUGAAGAUAAGUGCUACGUGCUCACUUUCAGCGAAUAUUGUAGAUACCGCCGUCGUCUACGCGCUGCUGAGGAGGACAUCGAAGAGGAGGUCUCCAUAGUGCCCAAACGCGCCAGUUGUUAUAGCAUACGCACCGUGCCUGAGAAUACAAAUCCCGAACUGGUUAUGUUUUGUCGGCGCGCGUACGAGUUUCGCACGAGACGGCUGCUAAAGAUGCCCAACAAACAGGAUUACAUUGUCGUCAACGGCUAAGCCGGCAGCACGCCCAACAGAAAAUACUGGGGAAAAAUAGUUUUGCUUAAAGUAGCAAAUGCUGGAGGCAGCGGCGCAACCACUACGCUUGUAUAAGGUACUUUUGUUGAACUGUUGAGUACAACAACAAUUUGCUGCUGAAUUGUUGGUAGUUGGAAAACAUUUCGGCAAGGCAUAUGUAGGGUGCCGCAAGAGCGUCAAUCAAGUAUGCUGUUCAAAUUAGUAAUGGAAAGUCAUUAGCGUCUGUAACGGUAUCUAUUUGUUUGCAUUAUUUAUUUUUAAGUGAAAUAUUUAGGUGACUUACUUUACACUUUCCUACAAUUCGCUUAACUUAAGCUUAACUUGUUGUAUGCGGCUUUUCGCCAAUGUGUUUCCAUUUAUUAGCGUUUAUUAAUUAUAAUAUUCGCUAGUUACAUAUACAUACAUUUAAAUAUUUAUACUUUGCAUAGGUGUUUAUUUUUCUCUUAUUAACGGUUAUUCUCAACACGCCGCACACAUAAGCCACGCGUGUUUUCGACGUUUAAAAUCAUCUAUUAUUGUAAGCGCAAAUGUAUUGAAAACAAAUGCAUACACACCAAAAAAACAAAAACAAAUACUAAUAAGUUAACUGUUUAGCUGAUGUAUGGAAAUUUAACCAAAAACAAACUAUUUAGACACACCCAUAUACUACAUUAGGGCCCGCCAAAAAACAUACACAGUGGACCUAGUUAACUGCUGUUAUAUAAA